AUGGGCCUCUUUACCAGGAGUCGUUCCUCUGCGCAAUCUCCCAAAACUGAAAGCAAGAUGAAAAGGCUGACACUGAACCCCGCCCGACACAGGCAGAGCAAGCUCGAGCGUGAUAAGCUGGAGGAGUUGGAAAAGGCCACCCACUUUGACAAGAAGGAGUUGCAGCAAUGGUAUAAGGGCUUCCUCAAGGAUUGCCCCUCCGGCAUGCUCACCAAGGCCGAGUUCCAGAAGAUCUACGCACAGUUCUUCCCCUUCGGCGACCCAUCGUCAUUCGCCGACUACGUAUUUAACGUAUUCGACACGGACAAGUCUGGCACCAUCGACUUCAAGGAGUUUAUCUGCGCCUUGAGCGUCACGAGCCGCGGCAAGAUGGAGGACAAGCUCGACUGGGCCUUCCAACUGUACGACAUUGACGGCGAUGGCAAGAUCACCUACGACGAGAUGCUGAAGAUCGUUGAGGCGAUCUACAAGAUGGUCGGCUCAAUGGUCAAGCUCCCCGAAGACGAAGAUACUCCCGAGAAGCGCGUCAGCAAGAUCUUCCGCAUGAUGGACAAGGACGAAAACGGCAGCCUUGACAUGAAGGAGUUCAAGGAGGGCAGCCAGCGCGACGAGACAAUCGUAUCCGCCCUCUCCUUGUACGAUGGCCUCGUCUAA